UUCUUACUUUAAUAGGUUGUUGAUAUGUCCAAAAUACGAAAGCCUUUGACGUUUUUCACUAUUCAAGAUUAUGAGAAGUGGAUUAUCACUAAUCCAGAGGGUCAAUGGAACACCAUUUUUUAUAAGGGGCCCCAACAUCAUGGCAUGGCUAGGUAUGGCCAUACCAAACUUUCGUCCAUAGCUAAACUGGUCUUCCCCGAGAUUGACAAUUGUCUCCUCGAGCAUUUGAAGGAAGGUGUUCAGAUUCUUGAGCCUAAGUGGUAUCUUCCGGUUAUCCCCUUAAUUCUUGUAAAUGGGUGUACCGGACUCGGAACCGGUUGGCGAUCAAACAUUCCGUGCUUUAAUCCACGAGACAUAAUUGACCGCCUCCGGUGUCUCCUCACUUUUGAAAAGGAGAAAAAGGCCAAAGGAGUAAAGGAGGAAAUAAUGGAAGUAGAACUUUUAUGUCCAUGGUACAGAGGUUUCAAGGGGAGCAUAUUGCAUUCUGGCAAUGAUGUAAGGGGUCAUAGAAUUUAUACUAGCUCAGGCGUGGUGAAGUUAGUUAAGCCAACUACUUUGGUGAUAACAGAGCUCCCAAUUGGGUUAUGGACUUUGGUUUACAAAGAAGAAACUUUGGAGCAGAUGUUGGCUAAAGGUCUCAUCAAGACCGGAGUUGCCUUGACAAUGUGAAGUUGAGAAUUUACUUGAAUGAAGAAAACAGAAAGUCGGAU